AUGGCCUCCCAAGGAGGCCUCACGCGAAGGCGUGGUGCCGGAGGGGCCACGUCGCCCAACGGAGACGACGAGUCCUCGAGCCGGGUCACUUCCCCUGUCCCCAAACCAUACAACGACCGUUCUCCUGAAACCGCCUACGAAUCUGGCGAGAAUGGCCACCGGAUCGCCUACGAUCCCAGAGACAUCAGCGAGAGCGAAGAACGGAGUAAACAACCCAAGCUGACCCUGAUGGAAGAGGUUCUAUUGCUGGGCCUGAAGGAUAAGCAGGGAUACCUGUCGUUCUGGAACGAUAAUAUCUCCUAUGCCUUGCGAGGAUGCAUAGUUAUUGAGCUGGCAUUCCGGGGCAGAAUCAGCAUGCAGAAAGAUUCCUCGAGGAGACGCUUCCCUCUCGCCGACCGACUCAUCGAGGUCAUAGAUGACACUCUCACCGGAGAAGUCUUGUUAGAUGAAGCUCUCAAAAUGAUGAAGACGAGUGAGAAGAUGAGCGUCAGUUCCUGGAUCGAUCUCAUGAGCGGCGAGACGUGGAAUCUCAUGAAGAUCGGUUACCAGUUAAAACAGGUUCGCGAAAGACUGGCCAAGGGCCUUGUGGACAAGGGCAUCCUCCGCACCGAGAAACGAAACUUCCUUCUCUUCGAUAUGGCCACCCACCCCGUGGUUGAUUCCGCCGCCAAAGACGAAAUCCGCAAGCGCGUACGGAACGUGUGCUCCAGCCGCACCGUCGUUCUGCCUCCUUCACAAUUCCUUCCCGCCGAACUCGAUUUCAGAAUGUUGAGAACAGUGAGCAUGGUCUGUGCGGCGUAUGCAGCCAAUGUGCUUGAGAAUGCGCUGGUGACCAUGAGCCACGAAGCAAGAGAGAGGGCUUUUGCCCAAGUAGACGAACUAUUGGCCGAAUAUUCACAAUGGCCUUUUGCGCGGAGGACUGGCGGACAACAGGGCAUCGGAGCGAACAUUGGCCAGGUGAUUGCCGAAGAGGUUGAGAAGAACAAAGACAAGGAGUUACAACUUGAGGUCGUUGCGGCGUGUUUGAGCGUUUUUACCAGGCUGGACUCUCUGCUGUAA